AUGGCCCUGAUCGAUGUAUCACGGCAGAGGAGGUCGCUCUUACAGGAUUCGACUGUUUUACACCAUCUGCCCGCCGAUUUACUGGUCGCGAUCCAGAGCCAGCCCUCCACAAGCCUGCUGGAUGUCGUCGCGCAGGCGGCUCUCAUUCCGACACUUACAGAUCGCGUAUAUGUGCAUUUUGAGAAUGUAUUUCCCGACAUUUGCGCACGCUGGGCUCUCGACGCAAAGUCGGACCUGCAGCGUAUAUAUGCUGUCUCCGCUGCAGCUAGAUUAUUACCAUUUAGCCCCGACCUCGCCACCUUUCUCCGAAGCCAGCCUGCUCGUGAGAGCUUCACCCAGUCCUCGCCGCUACGGCUGCAACCUCUGCAAUUAGACGACAUUUCAUCAAUCCUGGGCGAAUCAGACUUGAUUAAGUGCUUAUUGUCAACAUGGAGACUUCUGAGUUUUGAUCUGCGCGCAUUUAGCUCCAUUGUCUCUGCUGCGCUCAUGCAGCACCUGUUCGCCCAUGAUAGUCGCGCUGUCCGAUAUCUCGCCAUUCGUAUCUUCUGCCAGCUACUCUACGCCUCGGAUAAGAAGUUGGAGAACUUGAUACAAACGCACAUAGGUGAUGAAGCUAUUACCGCCGAAUUUGACGGCGUCCAAAUCGACUAUGGCUUUCUGUCACUGCACGAACAUGAGCGAGUGAAGAAGGUGCUUGCUUUGCGACAAGAAAUCUUGCAAGACAUCCAAGAACAAGAUACCACCGAAAAAAUCAUGCAACAAUCAACACCAUAUUCCGUCGCGUACGGACAUGUACUACUGCCACGCCCGUACGGCCCAACGGGCGAUCCGCCUAGCUUGGUCUUGACAGACACAACUAUGUCUAACCUGGAAAAUUUCGCAAAGCUGUUGCGUAACCCUGGGCCAAUCCUACUUCAUGGUGCUUCUGGAGUUGGAAAGACUGCACUAGUUCAGGAGAUUGCGACUCAACUUGGAAUGCAUUCUGGCAUCGUUACGCUACACCUGAAUGAACAGACUGACGCAAAAAUGCUCAUUGGCCUAUACUCCACCGAUACGAAGCCGGGCAGCUUUCAAUGGCGCCCAGGCGUGCUAACUACAGCCGUCAAAGAAGGAAGAUGGGUUCUCGUCGAAGAUCUUGACAGAGCACCGACUGAGGUCCUCAGCACGUUAUUACCGUUGAUCGAGCGCAAUGAACUCCUCAUCCCUAGUCGUGGAGAGACCAUUCGAGCAGCUAGCACCUUUCGUCUCCUCGCUACAGUCAGAACGUCACGAGGGUUAAACGGCCGCGAAAACUUGCCUUCAUUGGUUGGAAUGCGUUUCUGGCAAUCCCUCCACGCAGAACAGCUUACAGAUUCCGAGCUUGAGCGAGUUGUCGUCGAAACAUACCCUAUUCUUCGGAAAUACAUCGUUGGAAUUCUGGCUGUUCAUCGUCGGCUGGCCCGAUUGAGCAGCGCUCCUGUUGCGACCGCUCGUGGACGCAGCGUAAUGGAUAGACAGUCCAAUCUCCGAGAUCUGUUGAAGUGGUGUCGUCGCUUAAAAGAAUGUCUGCUGGUCGCAGGAUCGAAAACUGGAGAGGAGCCUAUCUCGGAAACAACCAGGGACUGGAUGUUCAUGGAAGCUGUGGAUUGUUUUCUGGGAAGCUGUCCAGAUGCUGAUUUGAGUAAGCAUCUGGCCUUUGCCAUUGCUGAAGAGAUGCACUUGUCUAGGGACCGGGCAGAGCAUUAUUUGACUGCCAAUAUACCCCCCCUAAACGAAAGCGAAACUCAGCUAGCGAUUGGCAGAGUAACCUUGAGGAAGAAGCGGGUUCAACCAAAGGCAGCCAAGCCGAAGCAGCCCUUUGCCAGUACUGUGCAUGCCAAGAGACUUCUUGAGCAGAUAGCCGUUGCUGUCAAGCUUGAGGAGCCAGUCCUACUGGUCGGUGAGACUGGUAUCGGCAAGACGACUGUUGUGCAGCAGCUGGCAGAUUCGCUAGGUAACAAGCUUAUUGCGGUAAAUCUUUCGCAACAGAGCGAGGUUGGAGAUCUUCUUGGUGGAUUCAAGCCGGUCAAUGUGCGAAGUCUUGCAGUUCCGCUCAAGGAAGAAUUUGAAGAUCUUUUCGACGCGACUGGUAUUUCGGCCUCCAAAAACCAAAAGUACUUGGAGCAGAUUGGUAAAUGCUUUGUCAAGUCUCAAUGGUCCAAGGUUGCAAAAUUGUGGAAAGAAGCACCUAAAAUGUUUGUCAAAAUCGUUUCAGAACUGGAAAAGGCUCAUGCCCAAGCUCAGAAGGAGAGACAAGACGAUUCUCAGCCAACAAAGCGAAGGAAAACACAGUCGAAGCUCCAAAGCCUGCUCGACCUGCGACCCCGAUGGGAGACUUUCACUCGAAAUCUUGAACAAUUUGAGGUUCAAAUCGCAGCAGGACCGGGUGGUUUUGCCUUUUCCUUCGUUGAAGGCAACCUUGUCAAAGCCUUGCGAAAUGGUGACUGGGUUCUCCUCGAUGAAAUCAACCUGGCGUCUCCAGAUACUUUGGAGAGUAUCGCAGACUUACUGACGGGGCCGAAUGAGCGACCUUCGAUAUUGCUUUCCGAGACUGGCGAAAUUCAAAAGAUUAUCGCGCAUCCCGAUUUCCGCAUUUUUGGUGCGAUGAACCCGGCGACAGAUAUCGGUAAAAGAGACUUGCCAGCCGGGAUCCGUUCCAGAUUUACUGAACUCUAUGUCAAGAGUCCGGACACGGACGAAAAGGACUUACUUCAAAUUAUCAAGACAUAUUUGGGCAGCACAAGCAACAAAAAUGAUAAAGCAGCCAACGAUAUUGCGAGACUAUAUCUCAACACCAAGAAACUGGCUGAGCAGAAAAGAAUCGUUGAUGGAGCCAACGAAGUUCCGCAUUUCAGUCUGCGAACCCUUACUCGUGUACUGACGUACGUCAAUACUAUUGGAUCUCUAUACGGCGUCCGUAGAGCAUUGUACGAGGGCUUCUCAAUGGGUUUUCUGACACUGCUUGACCGACAAUCCGAGGAUAUGCUAGUGCCGCUCAUCUACCAUCACUUGCUAGAUAGCCAUGGUGACCCACACUCCCUUUUAUCGCAACCUCCCAAGCAUCCUAAUGACGGUAGGAACUAUGUGAAGUUUCAAAAUAAGGCGCGCGAUCGACAAUAUUGGCUCUUUCAAGGAGACGAACAACCCGUGGAGAGAGCAGAUUACGUUAUUACACCGUACGUUGAGCGCAACUUGCUCAACCUCGUUCGUGCCACUUCUACACGAAGAUUUCCCAUCCUCAUCCAGGGUCCAACUUCCGCUGGUAAAACAAGUAUGAUCGAGUAUCUUGCUAAUUUCACUGGCAACAAAUUUGUACGAAUCAACAACCACGAACAUACAGACCUACAGGAGUAUCUCGGCACUUAUGUAUCUGGAUCAGACGGGAAACUCAGGUUCCAGGAGGGAGUUCUUGUUCAGGCGAUGAGACUUGGACAUUGGAUAGUCCUUGACGAACUGAAUUUAGCCCCCACCGAUGUCCUUGAAGCUCUCAACCGACUCCUCGAUGACAACCGCGAGCUACUUAUUCCCGAGACGCAAGAAAUUAUUCGACCGCAUGAGAAUUCUAUUCUUUUUGCGACCCAGAAUCCACCCGGUCUCUAUGGUGGACGAAAAGUUCUCUCGCGUGCUUUCCGGAAUCGUUUUUUGGAGCUGCAUUUCGACGACAUCCCAGAAGACGAGUUGGAGUUUAUUCUACAACAGCGCAGUCGUAAUACAUCCCCUCCUGACUGUCGCCGUAUCGUGUCCGUCUAUAAGGAGCUCUCCAGACUUCGCCAGACAAGUCGACUUUUUGAGCAAAAGGACAGUUUUGCUACACUUCGAGAUCUUUUCCGAUGGGCAUUACGCGAAGCAGAGACCCGCGAAGACAUUGCUGCGCAUGGGUUCAUGCUUCUCGCCGAACGAGUCCGUAAUGACGAGGAGAGAGAAGCUGUAAAGGAAAUUAUCGAAAGGGUAUUCAAGGUGAAGAUUGAUACUCGAAAACUGUACUCGGCGAAGGAUGCACCCGAAUUGAAGAGCUUUGCUGCCCAGCAGAAUGGCCAAGGAGUUGUCUGGACCCAUGCGAUGCGCCGACUCUACGUCCUGGUUUCGCGGGCACUGAAGAACAACGAGCCCGUUCUCCUCGUUGGCGAGACUGGUUGCGGCAAGACUACUGUUUGCCAGCUUCUCGCGGAAGCUCUCAAGAAGGAGCUGCAUAUUGUAAACGCUCACCAAAACACGGAAACUGGAGAUUUGAUUGGCUCUCAGCGACCUGUUCGCAAUCGCGCAGCCAUUCUUGAUGCACUCGAUAAGGAUCUUACUCUCGCCCUCUCACUCGCAGGCAUCGCUAUUCCUGCAUCACCUGAGGAAAAGUACCAGCUUUAUCAAUCUCAGGCCAUUAAUAAUGACAAAGUCAACAGAGAGCUGAAGGACCAAAUUGCAAGCAAUGUCACGAGAAGCAAGGCCCUCUUUGAGUGGUCUGAUGGCGCUCUAGUUGAAGCCAUGAAGGACGGACAAUUCUUUCUACUGGAUGAGAUUUCUCUCGCAGACGACUCCGUACUAGAGCGUUUGAACUCGGUUCUCGAGCCUCAAAGAACGCUACUCUUAGCCGAAAAGGGCAGUAAUGAUGCCUUCGUGGUUGGCGCGCCUGGCUUCCAAUUCUUCGCGACCAUGAAUCCCGGUGGUGAUUUUGGCAAAAAGGAACUUUCACCGGCUCUUCGAAAUCGUUUCACUGAGAUUUGGGUUCCCCAGCUGUCGGGUGAUGACGAUAUUUACGAAAUCAUCCACACAAAACUCAAGGAUGAUGUUAAGCCGGCUACCAAAGCGAUUAUUGAUUUUGCAGUCUGGUUUAGCGCCACUUUCCGGCCCAUGGCCACCACACCAUUUUCGAUUCGUGAGAUUUUGGUCUGGGUUCAAUUUAUGAAUUCAGCUUCCUCGAGCAAUAUGCCCUUUGCGCUGGUCCAUGGCGCGUCGGCUAUCUUCAUUGACAGCAUUGGCGCGAAUCCUUCUGCGAUGCUUGCUACAGAUACCCAGGCUACCCAAAGGCAGCGACAGCAGUGCCUUGACAAAUUGACAGAACUCAUUGGCGAAGAUGCCUCGCAAAUCUAUGAUCCUGAGCCGGAGUUCAAGGUAACGCCAGACAGCCUGGCCAUCGGCGCAUUCAGUAUCCCUCGCGCUCCGGAUGCUUCGCCGCUUGCAGAAUUUGCCUUCCACGCCCCAACUACGAGAAGAAAUACCAUGCGAGUCGUCCGAGCCCUGCAGAUGUGCAAGCCAAUACUUCUCGAGGGCAGCCCCGGUGUAGGAAAGACUUCUCUUGUCGCUGCUCUAGCCCAUGCUUGCGGCCAGCCGCUCACUCGAAUCAACCUGUCAGACCAGACUGAUCUCAUGGAUCUUUUUGGUACCGAUGUGCCUGUUGAAGGAGCCGAGGCGGGUAACUUUGCAUGGCGUGAUGCUCCCUUUCUGCAAGCGAUGCAGAAGGGUGAAUGGGUUCUCCUUGAUGAGAUGAACCUGGCGUCGCAAUCUGUGUUGGAGGGACUUAACGCAUGCCUGGAUCAUCGUGGUGAAGUAUACGUGUCGGAGCUCGACCAAGUUUUUAAGCGCCACCCCGAUUUCCGCCUUUUUGCUGCGCAAAAUCCUCACCAUCAGGGCGGUGGCCGCAAGGGACUACCCGCAUCCUUUGUCAAUCGUUUCAUUGUCGUCUAUGCAGACGUGUUCACCGAUGAGGAUCUCAGGCUGAUCGCAUCUCACAAUUUUCCAAGCUUGCCCGUCGACCUGGUCAGCAACCUGAUUCGGUUCGUCACUGACAUGGACAAGCAACUUGUGUUGGAUCGCUCGUUUGGUGCACAGGGCGGACCCUGGGAAUUCAAUCUGCGUGAUGUCCUCCGCUGGCUGCAUCUGCUCAAUUCUUCCGACCCUGUUCUUCAGCAAGGCCAGGCCGACGAUUUUCUAGACAUCAUGGUUCGGCAACGCUUUCGCUUGCCGCAGGAUCGAUCCGAAGUCACUAAGCUCUACACUCAAGUUUUCGGAGCUGAACCGCGCAGCCACAGUCUUUACCACGAUCUGAAUGCCGAGUCUAGCCAAGUUGGCCUCGCACUACUUCCUCGAAACGCCUCCUCGCAACCUGAGCGUUUGCCACCCAUCAACAUUGUUCCGCGCCUGCCUGAGCUUGAGUCUCUCAUGAUUUGUGUCAAGCAAAAUAUUCCUUGCAUUCUCACUAGCCCCUCAGGCCACGGAAAAACGGCCUUGUUGGAGUAUGUCGCGGCUUUAUCAGGGAAGCCGCUUGUUGUAUUCCCAAUGAAUGCAGAUAUCGACACUAUGGACCUUGUAGGUGGCUUUGAGCAAGCUGAUCCUCUUCGAGAAGUUAAUGCUGCUAUUCGCGACUUGCGCGCCUUUCUCCAUGACUCCAUCAUGGCAAUGAUACCGAAUAAUCUUCCCGAUUCUGUUCUUGUUCUACUAUACGAGAUCGACAACUUUUCUGGAAAUCGCGAUGAAAUUACUCGUAUUCAGUUCUCCAUCACCUCGCUUCUUCAGGAGCUCCCUGCCAAUUCAGAUGUGGGCGUUCAUCUUUCCAAAGUUGCUGCACUUCUCGAGCAGCCACUGGUGCUUGAGAACCCUAGAUUUGAAUGGCUCGACGGAGUCAUUAUCAAGGCUUUAGAAUCCGGCCAGUGGCUGGUCCUGGAUAACGCUAACCUUUGCAACGCAUCGGUGCUGGAUCGACUCAACUCGCUUCUGGAGCCCAAUGGCUUCCUCAGUGUGAAUGAGCACUGCGGGCCAGGAGGUGAACCACGCCUUGUGAGACCCCAUCCAGACUUCAGAAUCUUUCUCACCGUGGAUCCAAGAUAUGGCGAGCUUUCUCGCGCCAUGCGUAACCGAGCCGUGGAAAUCUAUCUAUGCGAUAGCCCUCCAAGUGUGGAUUCCAGUCUCCAAUACAUCGCGCCGGUUGAGAGCACUCUGCAGAGAUACCUGUCAGCUCUGGACAUCUCGCAGCGGCUAGAGCAGGACAACAAGCCCUCUGAUGCUUUGCGAAUCUCUUUGCAGAACACUAGCCUUCAGGAUUUAGCAAUUCUCUUGCGCUUUACAAACGAGUUUUCGCAAGAGUCAUCUCUGUCAGCUCAUCUGCAGCAGUUUGUCAAGUUCCUCCAGUCUCCCCACGGCUCUGACGCCCGAAAGAGCGUCUCGGACCUAUAUUCGAAACUCCCUGAUGUUCUUGCCGGCGGUACAGCCCAAUCUCAGCCUGUCCACCCAAUGAACAACUAUACUGUCUCGCGCCUUGCGCAAAAUGGAAAUUCGGCAGAGUGGACUUCGACAAUAUACGAUACCUGUACGGAGCUGUUUAGCGUUCAGCAGUCCAUUGACCAGCACAAGUCUCUGGCUCGGACAUCGAAACUCGGCGCUUUGAACAGGCUGCAGCGAUCGCUCAUCAGCGAUCGUGUUGCUGCUGUGUCAAAGGACUCUACCGUGAGGUUGGCAGCCUUUAUCGAUGCCGUGCUGAGUGCUAUUCGUGCAUACCUUAGCCAAGCGCCGUCGAACGAGCAUCAGAUUUCUACCAGAUUCUUAAGUCUGAUAUGGAACUACAUUUUGCGAACAAUUGCUUUGGCUACUGAGGAGACCUUGGAUGAAGCCAAGUUCCAGGCUCACUUAACACAGGGCACAAGAUUACUCAAGAAGCAGCUUGCGAAAAUUGAAUCCCCAUCCAUUACUGCCCUGGCCUCACAUAUCCUCGGAAAGCUACAAAGCGACUUCGCCAGUGGAUUCAAGCUAUCAACGGGCCUAAGCAUGGAGCAGCUCUGGAAUACACUUCGGCCUCUUCCCAUCCCUAAUAAGUUCGUCUAUGAUGAGGUAUUGAAAUUGGAUCGGCUAGUAACAAGAUUUGAUGAGCUACGAUGGAAGACAAGAGCCAGCAUUCCCGAGCUCGCCAAGGCUCAGCAGACUUUGGAGCAAGCAUACACCAUCGUGCGUUCGGGUGCCAACAGCUCCGACGAACUUGUGCGAGAGCUUUCUGCCGUCGUUGAAUCGCUCGAGAGUCAAAUUGGGGACGAAACAGGGAAGCGAGUGCCAUUCUUUGCCUCGCAGUUUGAGAGUCUCAGACAAAUCGACAUGCUGCGCGCUAAGCCCACUGCUGAGGCAGGAAAUUAUGAGCUCUGUAUCUUGUCCGAUAUUUCCACUAGAGCCCGGUUGAUGCUCGCAACCACGAGUGGUCCUGCGUCCUGGCUUCAGUACAUUGACUGCUUGGCCUAUCAAGACCAGUAUCCUUGGGACGGCCGCCUGAUGCUGUCCACUUGGGACAAGCUCAACAACAUCAGCUCAGUCACUCUCAACUCCUUCCAACUGCUCGAAACUGAACUGCCAGCCUUGGGUCGACAAAUGGCACAAAUGACCUCCGACAUCUCCGCCGACCCGACUGUUCAGCUAAACAGGGUGCUGCAAAUCCUGCUGCUUGACAUUUUUGCAAGUCACGGCGAAACGUCUCGUGCUCUCGGUUUAGAAUUAUUUUCCAGGGCAUCACAAUUCAGCACCACAAUGGACGGCUGUGACAACGCCUUGCGAGAUGCUUGCUCCGCGACUGAACACAUACCUGCUCAUUUCAUAGAGACUGUUCUUGAGCACUUCAUUCCUUCUAUUGUUGGUGUUGCUACUUCGAACAUUUCUGGUCCCCAGAGCACGCUGCAAUCCGGCCUGGCUUGGGUUCAGUUCACUAUCGGCCUUACAAAGCUCUAUGUCCCCGACCGUAUCCUUGAUCCUCAGCUCAGCCCUAUGAUGGAACGCGAAUUCUUUGAGCAGCUAGAAACUUUCUUGCGCGAGAAACUCUCACACAUCCAGGUCUUUGACGAAAUCUUUGCUGGCCAGCUCUCAAGCGCCAGACAGCAGCUUCUGAUCGACGAAAUCAACCAGCUGGACCCGCUUCCUGAAGAGGUCGUUGCUGUCUUCAGACCUGAACGGUCCGAAUUGAGCCAGAUACACGCCGAAUUCUCCAACGUCCUGAAGGCCAUCGUAGGCUCUGAUAUUAUCACGAAUUUGCAGUCUGAUGCGAGCUCCACCGACAGCGAGACCGGCCUCGCCCUAUUGAAAGAAAACAUCAUGAGACUGCUUGACCGCCUCGGGGCACGUUUCCAGGCAUACCAGGAUAUCACACGGCCGGUCUCAAGUCUCUUGCGCUGCUUCCUGGUCGGACUUUCACUUUGCAAAGCCUCAAAUGCUGCGAAGCUGGCCAGCCCUAUCCAUGCUAUAGCGAAUGCCACUCCCUUCUUUGGAGGUCUACAAAUCAGCGGACUUGCUACAGAGUCAGACAAGUCAUUCGAAUUCCUCGACGUUGUGAACAGCAAAGUUGCCAUCAAUGGGCAGUCGGAGCUCGACGAUGAGUCACGACAGCGAGUCUUUGAAACUUUCCACUCAUUCUUUGACGACUGGAGCAAACGCCUCGAAGCGGAUCGGAAAGAGGAAGCGGCCAGGACAAGCAUGUACCGCUUCCGUGGCUCUCUGGAAGACGAAGAAGAGGUGGAUGCUGAAGAGUUCAACGAACUGUUCCCCUCGUAUGACGAUGAGCAAUCCCCUAUCAAGCCAAGCAAGAAUAAGGACGAGGUUCGCGAGACGUCCUUGAAGGUUGCAGAGAUUCACAAGAAACUCUUCUUGAAGAGUGACGGGCCUUCAGCGGCUCUUCGCGGCAUGUGCUUCAGUAUUUGCAAUCGCAUUGUGCGCGAAUCCGAGGGCCACUCCAACCUCGAUAGAGAUUUGUCGAGCAAACUUGUCGUGCCUGUGGUCCUCUUGCUAAGUGAAAAGGUGCAUGAGCUUCAAACACCGCCGACAGACAAAACCUACAACUUCUACACGCACGCAAACCUUAAUGAGGCGCGUCAAUUGGUUGCAAUUGUGCAUGAUAUUCGGGCCAAGUUCCGAGAGCUGCAGAUGGUCGAUGAAAUUGGCCAUAUGCAGCCCUUGGCCGAUGUCAUUCAGGCAUGUGACGGAGUUUUGGAAAUUGUUCACGCCGAGCCCCUUGCCAAGAUUACUCACAAGGUAGAGCAUUUGCAUGCCCUCGUUUAUGAGUGGCAGUUUGGAGGCUGGGCCAGCCAGAAGUACGGCGUCUUGAACCUGCACAAUGCCCUGACGGCAACAAUUAUCCGCUGGCGCAGACUUGAGCUGUCUACAUGGGGGAAUCUCUUUGAUAUGGAGAAGACCAAGUGCGAGGAGGACGCAUACUCAUGGUGGUUCAUCGCCUAUCAAGUUAUUAUUGCCGUGCCACUCUCAAUGGUAGACUCGAAACCUGAGCUGCAAGCAUAUGCGACGUCUCUUCUACAAACCUUGGAGUCAUACUUCUCUACAUCAAUCGUGGGCCAAUUUCGCACGCGAGUCUCUCUCCUCAGACAGCUUUUGGCUCAUUUGCAGGCCUUGGUUCAAGAUUAUCCUAAUCUUGCAAUUAUCACGCAGGCUGUUGCCAAUUUUCUUGCUUUCUAUGCAAGAUUCGAAACUGUUGCGGAUAAGACAAUUACAAUCGGCCGUGCUCCGAUUGAGAAGAAAAUGAAGGAUGUGCUACUUAUGGCUAGCUGGAAGGACACGAACAUCAAUGCUCUCCGCGAGAGUGCCAAGAAGUCCCAUCUCAAGCUUUUCCGUCUCGUGCGCAAGUUCCGUGGCGUUCUGGGCCAAGAAAUGAGGAUCCUGAUCACGCAGGGUCUGCCCGAUGAAACAACAUUCUCAGGAACCGCCAGCAUCGCACAUAGUGGCGAGCAUGGUGUCCCAACUGAGAUGCUGGCCCUGCUGGAGUCAAAUGCUCCUGGUUGGCUUGCCAGCCACAAGCGCUUAGCCAACGUUACGAAGACGGUCUCUGUGAUGAACAGCAUUGCCAAUAGUCCUCAAAUCACCGGAACUGUCGCCGAAAACCUCGAAUCGUAUAUAUCUAGCUUGGAAGAAUCUAUGGCGGAGCUUCGCAAAGAAACCCCCGUGCUUCUUACCGAGGAGAACAAGACAGAAGUGAAGCAUCUGAAGACGAGAAAGCGCAAGCUCUUUGCUGACACCUUGCGAGAGCUGCGCAACAUGGGACUCCGACAUAACCUUGCUCAAGAACCUCUCGCGGAGCAAGAUUCGUUGGCCGUCGUACUAGCAUCUGGUGCGAACAUCACUUUAACUAGCUCUGCCUCAAUCGGCGAAGCAGAAUACUAUUUCCACAAAAUGCUAGACCUGGCGCCCAAAGUCCGCGAGUCGGCCCGCGAUCACUCGGAAGAUCUGACUUCUGCCGAAGUCACUCGCAGCAUCGGUUUCGUUGAAGGCUUCAUCUACCUCACCAGAGCGCAGCGGCGAAGCAUCGCUACAACCACUCGCACUCUCUCUUUUCUCCAGAGUGCUGUGGCCUCGUUCACUGAGCUGCGGCAUUUCGAGAAGCUUGGAAAAAUCCAGAACCGGGAUUCAGAUAGCAAUAUCGAGACCCUGCUGCCUUGGGUCUUGCAGCUACUGAGAUUCGGCAUCAAGCUCGUGCACUCUCACGGAAAGCUUCUCGGCAAAGGUCACGAUUCAGUCAUUGAAAGGCUCGGAGUCUGGGCGGAACGCUUCGAUGGAUACCUCAAGACUCUGCACGCACUACCAAGUUUGCCGACAAACCUCACGUCAGAGUCGUACGAAAUACUGCACACAGAUAUCUCGAACGCAUUGGUUCAGCUGCGCACCGAGCUAGCAGAGAUGAUGCAACAAUCGCCCAAUCUGUCCUUCGUUCUUCGCUACAUCUCAAGUUUGUCGAAUGUCGAGACCAAGCCAACAGAUCUCGAGCUACCGAAUAUCCCUCUAGCCAAGUUCGGGGCCAUUCUGGCAAGGCUCAGUGACACCAUGUUGGUCGCUAUAGAGGCGGCUAAGAAAAGGGCUUCUGAGGUUUCGACAAACGAAGAGGAGCCAAGCUGGUUCAUGAACCACAACGAUGGUCUAUUCUCAGUGAUUAAGACACUUCGCAUGGAUGGAUUCGCCAAGAGCAUCGAACAGUCGCUGCAAUUGCUCGAGCAACUGGAUUUGAGCUCAACAUCAACAAGUAGCGCAGCCAGUGGUAUGAUCGCAGUUGUCUCGCCAAUCCUACAAGAAUUUGUCUUCUUUUGUCAGAAAGCGGUUGAAAAUGCCCUGAAGGUGCAUAGAUCUACAGCGCAUAUGGGAUUCAUAUUGACGCGUACGUUUACCCAAAUCGCUAACCAAGGGUUCUGCACCCCUCAAGAAAAAUCAGACGAAACUUCUGGAGAAGGCAAAGUCGAAGCCGGUACUGGGCUUGGCGAUGGUGAAGGUGCCGAUGAUAUCAGCAAGGAUGUCCAACCCGACGAAGACCUUACGGAACUCGCGCAAGAGAAGAACAAAGAAGACAGUGGUGAGAUGGAGGACGAGAAGGAUGCUGUUGAUAUGGCCGAUGAAGAACUCGAGGGCGACAUGGGCAGUGUGGACGGCGCUGACGAGGAUGAAGAAGAUGGAUCUAAGAAUGGGGAGGAAGAAGAGGAGGAAGAAAAUGAUAUGGAUGAGGAAGCUGGCGAUGUUGAUGACUUGGAUCCUACUGCUGUUGAUGAAAAGAUGUGGGAUGGUGAAGAUGAGGAGAAGGCCGACAAGGAUCAACAAGGAGAUACAGCGCAGGGGCAGAAGAAGGAUGACGACCCGGUCCCUGACGAGACCAAUCCCAGCAAGGAAGAAGCCGAAAAGGAGGCGGAUGGUGACGACAAGGAUGAUCCACAAGAGAAAGAGGAAGAAGCCGAAGAUGAAGAGGAAGAUGUCCAAGCGCAGGAAGAGCUCAACAAGCAAGACCAGAAUGUCCAAGAACAGGAAACGCUUGCGCUACCUGAAGAAAUGGAUCUGGAUUUGAAGGACGAGGAAGAAAUGUCCGGUGACGAGGACAUUGACGAUCUCUCCGACAUUGAUAAAGAAGAGCCUGUCCCUGAACAGCAGGAGGACAUUGCGGAAGGAGAUGAUGAAGAUGCUGGUGAUGAGACGCAGGAAAAGCCAACGCAGCCCGAGGGAGGUGAAGAAAGUGACAAAGAAGAAGAGCCAGAGGAGGACAUUGACGCCGUUGGCGAAGAUGAAGUCGACGAAGAGGUUAAAAAAGAGCCGGAGCAGGACGAGAAAAUGGACGAAGAGCAGCAAGAGAAUACCCAGAAUCAGUCUGAUCCCACAAAUGCAGCUGAGCUCGACAAUGCUGCCCCAAGCGAUGUGAAGAGCUCUGCACAGGAUCAGAACAAGGAUGCCAUGGAGUUGGAUGAGCAAUUCCAAGCCAACGCAGCGGAGCAAAACGAGGGUGAUAUGGGAGAGGCUGGUGCAGACGAGGCUACCAGCUCCGGAAACAAGGGCGCCAUUUCCCGAGCCGAAAAGUCGGCCGAGCAGCAAGAGGAGGAUGCAGCAGAGCCUGACACGGCGCGCAAUGACCCAUUCAAGAAGCUUGGUGAUGCUUUGGAACGCUGGCACCGUCAGCAAUCUGAUAUCAAGGAGGCUCAACCAGCCGAAGACGUCAAGCAAGAGAAGGUCGAUCAGCCUGAUGAGCAGGCGCAGCGAGAAUUCCAGCAUCUCCAAGACGACAGCACUGCACCUGAUACUCAGGCCAUGGGCACCGCAGACAAUGAAGACGUCCAGCCAAUGGAUGAAGCCAUGGCCAUUGAUGAAGAGAAGCAGGAUCCCGAGAGCCGUGUCACCGAGGGCGCUGAUGAUCAAGAGCCAGAGGAGGUCCCCGACGAGAUGGACACCACAGACGCAGAGGGCACCAAGGCCGACAAUGAGCGAGAAGAUGACGGUCGAUCUGGCGUCAAGACGCGCCAGGGCAACUACGACAGAGAGCCGACGCCCGAAGAGGAUGGCGUUGAGAAGGAAGAGUCGGACGAAGAUGACUCGCUUCAAAAUGCCUCUGAGAAGCUCUCUAUUACACACAUUUCUGACGAGGACCGUCCGUUGCGAGACUUUGGCGAGUGCCUACAGGAGUGGUCCGACUUCCAGACAAAAACACACAGCCAUUCGCUCUCUUUGACGUCACAGCUGCGCCUCAUCCUCACGCCUUCCCAGUCAACCAAACUUUCCGGCGCCUUCCGCACCGGCAAGCGCCUCAACAUCAAGCGCAUCAUCCCCUACAUUGCCUCUAGCUACAAGCGCGACAAGAUCUGGAUGCGGCGCAGCAUCCCCACCAAGCGCACGUACCAGAUUAUGCUCUGCGUCGACGACUCGAGGAGCAUGGGCGAGUCCUCGUCCGGCACGCUCGCCAUGGAGUCCCUCGUCAUGGUCUCGCGCUCCCUCAGCAUGCUCGAGGUCGGGCAGGUCGGGGUCCUCGGGUUUGGCGCCGACGUCUUCACGGCACAUGCGCUCUCGGAGCCCUUUUCCGCCGACGCGGGCGCCAAGGUGCUGCAGCGGUUCUCGUUUUCGCAGGACCGCACCGACAUUGCGCAGCUGAUUCGGCAGACGGUGGACCAUUUCCGCCUGGCGCGGCAGCAGGUCGGCAGCGGCAGCGCCGGCGCGGAUCUCUGGCAGCUGGCGCUGAUUCUCUCCGACGGGCUCACGCCGUCGUCAGCGCACGACGAGAUUCGCAGGCUGCUCCGCGAGGCGAUGGAGGAGCGCAUCAUGGUCGUCUUCAUCAUCAUGGACGACAGGGAUAAAAAGGUGGGCGACAGCGUGCUGGAGCUCAAGGAGGCCAAGUUUGUCAGCGAGGGCGGCGAGAGCAAGGUCGUCAUUGAGCGAUACCUUGAUACCUUUCCGUUUCAGUACUACCUGAUUGUUCACAACUUGGAGGAGCUUCCGAGUGCGCUGGCUGGGCUGCUACGGACUUGGUUCGCCGAGGUCAAUUCAUGA